ACUGAAGGGUCGAAAUGAAAGAAUAUCCCGAGGGCCUUUUUAGUACACUAGCACACCGGGCGUUUUCGCUCCGGUGUCCGCCGUCGUAUCACUAGUCCACUGUCCCCGGCGACGUGGAUUGAUCGCCCUACAUCAAUCGAGACCGAAAUUUUUUCCUGUCUGCCUCCCUCAACAUCCCCGGCCGACCUACCGCUGUGCGCCGCCACCCUAGUUCUGGAGGUUGAUAUAAACAGCAAGAGGGCAUCACAUUGUACCAGAAAGCGCCAAAGAAGUACAGGUUGCAACACAAGCGAUGGGAUGUAAUAGUCGAGAAAAUAAGGCUGCGCCAGAGCAAAAAAUAACUACUUUAUCCAGUAAAAAGAAGUGCUUUGCUUGUAAAGAGACAUCACACAAUUUGGAUCAAUGCAGGAUAAAAGACAAACUGGGUACUGCAGCCCAGCUAUUUGGACAUUCUACAAGGUUUCCAUUCUACAUGAUUCAGCCUUCAAAGGAAGUUGUCGAAAAUGAAAAGUUCUACUAUCACUGCCUGCUGAUCACAUCUAAUGCCUGUAACUUGGACCCGGCAGCAGUGAAAAUUGAACUAAACAAGUUCUGGAAGCUGACUGAUGAUUGGUAUAUAAAGAGAGAAGGUAGACAGAAUUUCGUAGCAUCCUUCAACUCAGAGGAUGACCUACUAAGCUGUUUAAAUCCUCCCAAUAUAGAAACAUUUCUGGAUGAAAAGGAGGUGAAUUUUACUGUAGCAAGGUGGGAUGAAGGUGAUGGGGAGAAACUUGACUUGAUCAGAGAGUGGCUUUUGGUCUAUGGGGUCCCAGGUGCAUAUAGAAACUGGAAGGAGCUAUAUCAAGUUGCAUCUGCAGUUGGAGUUUUGCUUGAGGUGGAUGAGGAAAGUUUGGAAAGCGGAGAUAAGGAGCCUAUUAGGUUGAGGAUAGCAUUGGGAAGUCUUGUUGGUGCUCCUUUCUCUUACCACUUUGUGUUUGGAUGGUCAUCUAGACUAGUCAAGUUCAUGAUUGAAGACAAAGCAAGAAGGAUAGAAGGGCAAUGGAAGGAAGUAGAAGAACGGAAGGUCAGCGUCAUGAAGGAAUAUGCAGAUAUAAGAGAAGAAGGUAUUGAGGUACCUCCAGAAACACCGAAUAAAAGAAUGGAUUUAGAGGGCACUGGAAUUGAUUUCGCGGGCAAUUAUUCUUUGGAUUUUGGAACUUGCUCACGCAAGGAAUGUAAAGAACUGAAAACCACAGAACGAAAUGGUAACAUCAUGAAGGAAUAUGCAGAUAUAAGAGAAGAAGGUAUUGAGGUACCUGCAGAAACACUGAAUGAAGGAAUGGAUUUGGAGGGCACUGAAGUAGAUUUCGCAGGCAAUUAUUCUUUGGAUUUCAGAAGUUGCUCAGGCAAGGAAUGUAAAGAAGAACUGAAAACCACAGAAGGGAAUGGUAGCGUCAUGAUGGAAUAUGCAGAUAUAAGAGAAGAAGGUAUUGAGGUACCUGCAGAAACACUGAAUGAAGGAAUGGAUUUAGAGGGCACUGGAGUAGAUUUCACAUGCAAUUAUUCUUUGGAUUUCAGAAGUUGCUCAGGCAAGGAAUGUAAAGAAGAACCGAAAAUCACAGAAGGGAAUGGUAGCGUCAUGAUGGAAUAUGCAGAUAUAAGAGAAGAGGGUAUUGAGGUACCUCCAGAAACACUGAAUAAAGGAAUGGAUUUAGAGGGCACUGGAGUAGAUUUCGCAGGCAAUUAUUCUUUGGAUUUCGGAAGUUGCCCAGGCAAGGAAUGUAAAGAAGAACUGAAAACCACAGAACGGAAUGGUAGUGUCAUGAAGGAAUAUGCAGAUAUAAGAGAAGAAGGUAUUGAGGUACCUCUAGAAACACUGAAUAAAGGAAUGGAUUUAGAGGGCACUGGAGUAGAUUUCGCAGGCAAUUAUUCUUUGGAUUUUGGAAGUUGCUUAGGCAAGGAAUGUAAAGAAGAACCGAAGACCACAGAAACAGGUACAUUGCUGGAAGUAGCAAAGUUCAUUCCAGAGUUAAGAGCUGAUGAAGAGAUCGAGGAAAACAGCAUAAGUGCUAUGGCAGCCACCACAACAAACUCGAAGAAAGCAGCAGAAGGGGGGCAAUCCCCAAGUGAAAGCUCGGCAAGAGGUGAUCAUAUGUCGGGUUUGGAAGAUUGUUCUGACAAGAAACAUCAAAAGAAACUGAUGGCCUGCGACAUGGCUACAUUUCUGCAAGUGUCGAAGUUCACUGAAGAGUUUAAAACUGAUGGAGAGAUCAAAGAAAACAAUGCAAGUGCUAUAGUGGGCACCAGAACGAACUCUGAGGGAGCUACAGAAGACAUUCCAAAAGCUAUAGAAGACAUGGCUACGUUGCUGCAAGCGUCGAAGUUCACUGAAGAGUUAAGAACUGAUAGAGAGAUCAAAGAAAACAAUGCAAGUGCUAUACUGGGCACCAGAACGAACUCCGAGAGAGCUACAGAAGACAUUACAAAAGCUACAGAAGACAUGGCUACAUCGCUGCAAGUGUCGAAGUUCACUGAAGAGUUAAGAACUAAUGGAGAGAUCAAAGAAAACAAUGCAAGUGCUAUAGUGGAUACCAGAACGAACUCGGAGAGAGCUACAGAAGACGUUCCAAAAGCUGAAGGUGGGCAAUCCAUAAGUGGAAGUUCAACUUCGACAAGCUUGAUUGAAGAGGUCUUCAGAGGUCACAAGCCAUCUAUAAAAAAUGUGUACACAAGAAGAGAUCGGAAGCAAAAAAAAUCGACAGAAGGUUCCACUUUGUGUGCUAACAUCAGUUCUGACAGUGCCCAUGAAGGUUUACAGAAGCCACCUAUAAAAACUAUGUACGAGGGAAGUGAUCCCAAGCAAAAAGGAUCCACAGGGGGGCAAGUUGCUUCAAAGGAACUGAACAAAGGAAUAAACCCAGGGAGCAGCAGUCACGCCACAAGGAUUGCAACCUCAACAUGCAAUAUGUUGGACUCAGAAAGUUUAUUGGAAAAGGAACACGAGAAAGAAAUGAAAAUGGCAGAAACAGCAGCAAAGACUGUGGGAGCUGAAGGAGCACAAUCUAUCAAGGGAAGUUCAGCAUGCAUGCUUAGAGUAACUCAGACAAAAGGUGUUGACAUGGCUGGAACGACACCAGAAGGAGCUUGGUUUGAUGGAAAGCAGCCUGUUUCUAAGAUGACUACGCGGCUAACUCAAUUUUACGAGGAGUUCAACACAUACAAUGAAAUCUAUGACAGUUUCGUUGAGAUGGGUCUUCAAGAAAAUCUGCUGAAAGGAAUAUAUGCAUAUGGCCUGGAGAAGCCUUCUUUAGUCCAUCAACGAGGAAUUGUCCCAUUGUGCAAGGGUCUGGAUGUUAUCCAGCAGUCACUGUCUGGAACAACUGUGACACUUGCCUGUGGAGUUCUCCAGCGACUCGAUUAUGGAUCCACGGAAUGCCAAGCUUUGGUUCUUGUGCCAACGCGUGACUUGGCACAGGAGACCGAGAAAGUUAUUGGAGCACUUGGUCAGUGGCUAGGUGUCAAAGCUCAUGCUUGUCUUGGAGGAACUAGUGUUCGUGAGCACAAGCAAAUUUUGUCCAGCAGCACCCAGGUUAUUGUCGCUACUCCUAGCCGCGCUCUGGACAUGCUGAGAACACGAGCGCUCUGUCCAGAUAACGUCAGAAUGUUUGUCUUGGAUGAAGCAGAUGAAAUACUCGCAGGAGGUUUGAAGAACCAGAUCUAUGAUAUUAUCCAGCUUCUCCCAGCCAAAAUCCAGUUUGCUGUAUUCUCUGCCACCAUGUCCAAUGAAGCUCUCGAACUUUGCCGGAAGUGCAUGAAUAAGCCUAUGAAGAUCAUAGUGCCGAAAGAUGAAGAAUUGGAGGGUUUUAGUGUUAAGCAGUUCCAUGUUAAAGCUGAGGAUGAAGAGUUGAAGUUUGAAAAAUUAUGUGAUCUUUUUGACACCAUGGCGGUCACGCAAAACAUCAUCUUUGUCAACGCACGUCGGAAGGUUGAGUCACUGGCCGAAAAGAUCAGUGGCAGGGGGUACACCGUCUCGGCAAGCCAUGGUGGUAUGGACCAGCACGCCAGAGAUGUUGCCGUCCAGGAUCUCCGGUCGGGAUCAUCUCGUGUCCUCGUCACCACCGACCUUCGUGGCGCCGACGCAUUGCAGGUCCCUGUUGUCAUCAACUAUGAUCUGCCAACACAACCAGUACAAUACCUUCGUCAUGUUCGACGAAGUGGACAGCCUGGAGGGACUGGUGUCGCUAUCAGCUUCGUUGCUCGUGCUGAUGAGCGUGUCCUGUCUGACAUCCAAAGGUUCUGCAGUACUCAGUUGGCAGAGUUACCCUCCGACGUCGCUGACCUCUUGUGAGCAAUUCCGUAGUUGGAUAUUGUGCACAGAUGGCUAUCUAGACUUCUUUUUUUUCUAUCGUUGGCGAAUCGUCUUGUGGGAUUGAAACUUGUUGAGUUCUCCGGUAUUAUGUCAUGGUGGUUUGAAACUGAAUUGAAUGUGGUGCAAAUAGUUGUUUGAAAUGUUUUGUUGGUU